CCUGCCAGCCGCCGGCUCGCCCGGAGCAGGUCCUCGCCCCCAGUCGCGCGCUCCGCCCUCGCCCUCCGCCCCCGGAGCUCUCCGCGCUCGGCCUCCCGCGCCGGGCGGGCUCCGCCCGAGGCUCCGGGGCCCAUGGCCAAGCGGCGUGCGGCCGAGCCGCUGACGUUCCACGUGCCUUGGAAGCGGCUCCUGCUCUGCGACUUCCCCGAGGAGCCGCCGCCGCUCUGGAUCCCGCCGCCGGGGGCCUCGCAUCCCGGGCAGCCCGUCGGCGUCCCGGAGCCGCCCCGAAAGCGCAAAAUCGACGCGGGGGCUAUGACUGAGGCUUCAGCUUCGCCCAGCAAGCGCCGCGACGGCGGGGACACCAGCGUACCGGGCGGCGUGGAGCGUGAGGGCCAAGGCCUGGAGACGGGCGAGCCGCAGUUGCUGCAGCCUCCCGUGCGGCCCCGCGGGCCGGGGGAGGAGCCCCGGGGCGCCCGGCCCCCGAGGGGCGGUGGCGACGACGGGGCGGGGCGCACGGAGCCCCCACGGGGAGACUGGGGGGCCGCACCGCGCCAGCUCAAUGAAGAAUUCUGGCAGUAUAACACCUUCCAGUACUGGAGGAAUCCCCUGCCACCUAUUGAUCUGGCAGACCUCGAAGACAUCAGCGAAGGCGGCCUGCGGGAAGCAAGGCUUCAGGGCAAGAACGAAGUGGUUGAGAUCGACAUGGAGUCCUGACACAAGCACCUGAAGAAUAGGUCUUUCGGCCUCGGCCUUUGAGGCAAAGGCGACCUCUCUUAAGUGAAUUUGCAUAUUCUUAAGGAGAAAAGUUAUUUUCCAUACUUGAUGCGAUACCAUUCCCAAACCUGAAAAAUGAGGAAGAGUUGUUUUAAAGAUAAAUGCCUGUGGUCACUACUGAAACUCCCAAGAGGGAUUUGUCAAGGAUCUAGUGCAGUUAGAGGGGAAGUAUUUUAUAUAUGUACUCUCAAAGAAAAAUUUAUGUUUAGAUUCUAAAUUUGAAAAUAUUGGUCUUCUAAAAAAGAAUUCUGACAGUUUUAGAAACAGGUAGGAAACGCUGAAAUGUUCCUCUUGUCUGUACCAAAAAGUUAAUUUGUGGUACAUGAAAUGAAUAUUGUUUUUUACCUGUUGUUAAUAAAAUGCUUUCUAGUACAUCGUAUCGACUCUUCUUAGUUGAACAAAUAACUGACUUAAACAUCUAUGCAAACUUAAAAGUGCGGGGGACUCUUAAAGGUGGUAUAGUUUUAAAAGAACUUUCUAAAUGUAAAGCGUAACAUAGAAUUUCAAUUUGGGGAGCAUGUUUGCAUAGCUCCCAGUAUUUGAUAUUUAUUUACUCUGAGGAAUCAAAAAUGGAUAGAGAACAAUGAGAAGUGAAGAGGUUCUUCCCUCCCCCUUUUCCCAGGUUAAGAGGAAAGAAAUUUAGUGGUAUUAAUUUCUUGGCUUUGAGUUGCUUUGAGGGCACGGUUUUUAUUCCUUAUUGCUUCAGACUUACAGUUCUCAAUACUGGCAACACUUCAGAAAUCUUUGCCUGAGUAGCACUCAAGAGAUUCCCAUUUAACUGUCUGAGACGGGCCUUGGGUAUAGCUAUUUUUUUAGGCACUAGUCCUCCUCCUUUUCCCCAAUCCUAAUAUGCCGACAGCUUUGAGAACCACUAAACUGAUGGUAGUUUUUCCUGUUUAAAGGAGAUAACAUUUGACGUGAAACAGCACCUCUUGAUUAGCUUUGUUUUUAUUUCACUCUACUGAUGGAUUUGUUACAAGUAACUUAUUGUGUUGUUAUUACUAUUUUAUUGUUAAAAAAAUAAAGUAAGCAGUUUGUGUUUGA